CUUGAUAUUAAUCCUGAGAUUCAGAUGUCUACAGAGCAGUUUCUUGAAAUGGAUUCUGCUAUUGCAAGUCAUGAAAUCAUGUCUGAUAUGGAAAUUGUGGAGGAAGUUUUGUGCCGCUCUAAUCCUUUGCCACCUGAAAACAAUUCUGAAGACGAGGUAGCACCAUUGCCAAUGACUGCGAUGCAAGGAAAAAAAUGCUUGAAGGCACUCUUUUGUGGUAGCACAACAAAAGAAACAACAGAAUAUCAGUUCCUUUUUUGA